UUCAGUGAUGAAGAACAGCCCCCCUCACCGAGUCGUGAUGAGGUGAACCGGCGGGGAGAGAGAGAAAGCGAGUGAGAGAGAGAAAGAGCGAGCAAGCAUCAGCACCGACUGAGACUCAUCCCCUCGUCCCCCCACUGACGCCCACACUUCCGGACUGGACCCUCUGGAGGCGGCUGGGUCGGGAUGCAUGCGUCUCCCAGUGCUGCUUGAGAUGUGGAUAAGACGACGACGGUGAAAAGGCGACGUGCUCGUUACCUUCCAUUAAACCUCCUCGCUGCAGAUCUGAACGCUGAACUAAUCAAUUAUCGGCGGCCAACUCGCCCAUCACUCACAGGGGGGAUUCAGGCUUUGGCCACACUGUCUGUCUGCCGUCAACUGUUGCCUAUUUCCUCUGUAAAUGAAUCUUGUAAGGUAUAUGAACAAUCGUGUUCCUCCUAACAAGAGAUACCAGCCCACCGAAUAUGAGCAUGCUGCCAAUUGUGCCACGCAUGCGUUGUGGAUAAUCCCCAGCCUGCUGGGAAGCUCAGUGUUGCACUUCCAGUCAGAGGACCAAUGGGAGCGGCUGUCAGCCUGGGUGUAUGGGGCGGGGCUCAGCUCACUCUUCAUCAUCUCCACCCUCUUCCACACUGUGGCCUGGAAGAAGAGCCACUUACGGUCUGUGGAGCAGUGUUUUCACAUGUGUGACAGGAUGGUGAUCUAUUUCUUCAUCGCUGCCUCCUACGCCCCUUGGCUAAACCUGCGAGAGCUGGGUCCCUGGGCGUGUCACAUGCGCUGGUUAGUUUGGGUCAUGGCGUCUUUUGGAACCACCUACGUCUUUUUCUUCCAUGAGAGGUAUAAGCUCAUGGAGUUGAUCUGCUACACAGUGAUGGGAGUUUUUCCUGCCCUGGUCAUCCUCUCAAUGCCGGAGCAGUCCGGGUUGUGUGAGCUGCUGGUCGGCGGGGCCUGCUACUGUUUGGGAAUAGUCUUCUUCAAAAGUGACGGCAUUGUCCCAUUCGCUCACGCUAUUUGGCACAUGUUUGUAGCUAUGGGAGCGGCCAUACAUUACUACGCCAUCUGGAAGCACCUCUACGCCCAGCCACCCAACCACCAGGUCCACACCUCCAGAUGACAUCAGCACUGACCUCACAGGAAGUAACUCCUGUUUUUGAGCGGAUACGAGGGGCUGUCCACAUUCAGGGGCUGCCUCAUCUUGAAGGUGGGGGGAUGGGGGGUGGGGGGGUAAACAUGCACUUUUCAGUGUGACAGAAACCAAAACUAAUGGUGCAUUCAGGUCCCUCUCAUCAGUUCGAAAUGUUUACCAUUUCCAUGUUUAUCACCAAAAAGUUGCCUUCAAGCAGCCAGUGAAUGAAUGGGUAAAACGGGUCAGACAGCAGUUUACCAGGGUAAUGAAAAUUAUCUUUUUUUUUAUCUGUAGUACUUUGUAUUUACAGUCAUAUCCAGACUGCUAACAAAAACACACAUAUGAUUGGUUUAUUAUGCAUGCAGUAAUAAUUAGGAAUUUAAAUUUUGGGUUCUAAAUUCCUGCGUAUGUCACAACUUUGAUAGCUACAGACGUUUUAUUUUCAUCUUGACUAAAGAGAGCUGCAUGUUAUCUCUCUCUUAUAUAUGGUUAGGAUUACCCCGUGUGCGCAAAAUCUAAGUUAUAAAUCCAAAUCAAAUCUUUUUCAUCGUCUUCACACUCCUACUGUUCUAAAAAUAGCACCUUUUAAAAGCAAUUUAAACUACUUUACUUUUUCUUUGAGGAUAAAAUAAAAUCACAUCAAAUAAAUGAAAUAGCAUAAAAUAAUGUAAUGGAAUACAGCACAGUGUGAAACACAAAGAAAUACUUUAAGCCCUGUUUUAAGACAACAGUUAAUUCAUGCAGGUGUUGGAAUUUUGCUUUGUGUUGCAGGUACUUCUCCUUGUUUAGCUUUGAAUCUGGGACAGGAAGUACUGCUGGCCUAGAUAAUGACUGAUGGAGUCAAAGAUGUGAGACCUUAAUGUGACAGCUUCGAUUCAGUCUGAGAGGCAAAGCCCAGGGUGGAAAGUAUUCAUGAAACACUUCCCCGCUUCUUGGAAAACUCAGAAAAAAACUCAUGUGUCUAUAUCAGUAUUUUAUUCAUUCAGAUCUUCUGCCGUCUGAAUUUUAGACAGGAAGUUAAUCGACUCUUUUUAAUUUAAUUCUCGCUAACCGAUGACCAACUGAAUCCAAUUACCUCCAGUGAUGCAAUACCUCCUGACGUUCUGAGCUGAGAGGGCAAUCAAAUGCACCAUUUAGCGGUUAAUUAUCACGUUUGGUAUACAUGAAGGAUAAAUAUGUUGAAUCUGAACUUCAAGGCUGGCAGCUCCUGAACUGGGGACCCCCCCCUCCCCCCCCCAGAUCAUUUUAGUUUUACACUUCUAACAGUAUUUUCCAGGACUUUGGUUUCAGGGGUUACUAUUCUCGGAGAUUUCUCUCUGUGCCGUGCGCGCCCAGAUUUAGUGUGCAGAAGCGGAAUUGAGGGCAUUGUCUAUUUGUCAAGAGGAAGAUCACUAUUAAAAUUGGCAGACUCGACUCAUGAGAUUAAUAUUAGUGUUUUUAGUUUGAUUACACUAAGCAGGCUGCAACAUCAGUAAUGUACUAUUCCCAAUUCAGAGCUCUAGAUAGUAUUAUUACUGCUAUUGUUAUUAGUUGUGCUAUCUACACCAUAGUACUCUGUAUGAUUUUAACAAUAGUUGCUUAAGUCGGUGACUUCCUGUGAAGUUUUUUAAACAUGAUCGUAGAUAUUUUUUUUCUUUUUUUUAAGUUGAACACUGAUAUUUGUAGUUUUAGUCUUGGAGACUUUUACUCGUGUGCUUCCACAUAUACCUGGCGCCACACUUUCGAUUUUUGAGCAUAAACACUGAAUUCUAAUAGUUUACUGUUGUCGAUUAGGUUUAGUACGUGAAGAUACAGUAUUUAUCAGAGACAUACAGUACAUGCCGACUUCAUCUCUAUUUUCUUCUGAUCUUCUCGUUGUGUUACUCGAUCAUCUUCUCAGUCUUCAUCCUAAACGAAUGGAAAACAGCUGAUGGAGCUCAAACCACUGUCUGAUUCAGCACUGCCAGAAGACUUACUGCCGUUAACCGAUAGCACACUACUACCAUAUAUGUAUGUUUCACACUUGAAAGGAAACUGAAGCUAUAGUAUUGUUGAACAAUCUGGCCCGAUAAUAAAGGCAUCUCAGGUGCGUGUGUGUGUGUGUGUGUGUGUGUGUGUGUGCUCGCGCGUGUGUGUGUGUUUGCCCAAGUGUUUGUGCCUGUGUGUAUCCUAUACUAUCUGACUACCAUGAAUCCAAAGCCUCUAACUGGCUGAGUCUAUGUUUACACGUGAAUGCAUGCACCUUGAACACAUCAAAAUAUAUCUGAAACAUGUAUGUAUUCUUAGCGUCGAGUUGUACGUGCUGCCUCGUGGUUUAAAAGACGAAGCAGAGUGUGAUUAAUGUGGAGAGAGGAUUUUAAAAGGUCGAAGCAGCUGGUAUUUAAGGGUUUUUUAAAAAAAACUUUUUCAUUAUAGUUUCACUGCAGUAUGUCGGAUCAUCUGGGCUUAAAAGUCUAAGGAAGCCACAUUAAAAAGGACCACUGCAGCUGCAAUGGUUGUUUGCAGCUCUAAGCAAAUAAAUGCAAAGCUGUUUUUAUUUAUUUAUUUAUUUAUAUAUAUGCUGGCACCUCCCCAUACAGCUUCACCUGCUCACUCACAGCUGCCCCAGAAGUUUUCUGCAAGUUUUACAUAUAUGGAUUUACAUAACGGAUAGUAAAGAUUUCAAAUCUUUACACCUGGACUCUUUACCCCUUGAGAGCCCGCUAGCAGUAACCCUUAAAGCUCUUCUGUCAUGUUUCAGGGCUGCUUAUAGAAGAAAAUGACUGGGCGUACAUCAGAAGUCAGGUCGUAUCUGCCCGUGUAGCUACCUGGGAAAACCUGGAAACUGCCUGUUUGAACAAUGAAAUAAAUGCCAGAAAUUUGUAAUUUUUUGAAAAUGUAGAGUUUAUUGAACUUUCUGACAAAAGUUUUAAUUUGUAUCAUUUGUCAAAAAAACAAAACAAAAACCAGAAACACUGACUCAAAAAUCUCACAACAGCUCAUGUAUUAGAUAUGACAAACUUAGCUAGUAGUCGUCAGAACAUCUUUACUGAUGUAUACUGAGGUGUGAAAACUGGUCAUUAAGGGCAGAGGGGAGGUCGUUAAAUCUUAACUUUCUGGGGGAAAGAGUUUGUACUUCAAUAACACUUUAAGCGACGCUGCACAACCCCCUAAAUUUGCUGCAAAACUCUGCAAAAGUUUGCAUUUGGAGUUAAAUCCAUCACUGUGAUGAGCACUUGUGAAAUGCUGUUUAUUUGCCCGUGCAAGUGUAGUAGGUCAUGAGGUAACGCAUAAGGUGAGCGUUACCUUUAAAUGUUGAGGUCGACACACAAACCUGGAUUCAGAUCCAAACUGCAGCUCAGUUUUUCCUCUAUCGCUCAACGUGUUUUAAGGAUAAGCCGCUAACUAGUGGACAAAAACUGACAACCAGCACAAAACUGGACUGAAAACAAGUUAUUUUAUAAUAUCACCUUGUUUGUGUAGCCACUGUUGCCUCAAGACAUCUAAUAAUCAUUCUUCAUUCUAUACUGAAGGGUCCAAAAACAACACAAUGACACCAAACCUCGAAUAAAAGUGAUAAAAUAGUCUGAGGGUAACACAAUACUUUAUCAUUUUGUACAUUUGAGACCCUAGCAUGAAGGGAAGUGCGUUUGUCGCACGGUGGAUAUCUUAUUUAAAACUGAAACAGAGUUACUCUGGAGUAUUCGUGCUCUCAGUGUUUACUCGAGUUUCUGGGAUGAACCAAACAACUGAGAGAGUUUACAGUUUGUCUUGUAUCCAAGCCAGGUCUGGCUGCGGUGAGAUAAAGUAAAGGAUUUGAUGUGUGUCUUGUCUUGAUUACAGUAUGUGUCUCAUUCAGACAUACACCCCACCUGCCUUUGUAAAGAUCUUUAUAACAGCGUCCACGAAGCCUCGUGGACCCUCUGUAUAUUAUUUAUAGACGCUCUGUGAUUGUGGAGCUGCUGACUCUGUUCUCAGUCCUGCUGGUGUUUCCUUUCUCGUCCUACAGGACUGAUUAUAUUAUCUCGCCCUUAUUCUAGUUUUCAUAUUGGUUAUUGUGUCUGUGGUGCUUUUUGUGCUGUGAUAAGCCGAUAUGAUGCCAACAAUGCUUUUAUCUUUUCUAUUUCUCUUGUAAUAAAAAAGCUUUUUUCAUGCA